CAUUAGUUUAAAAGUAAACAAGCAAAAAUGCAGCGUUCAAUGCAAUUUUUGGUAUUAGCUACGCUGCUGCUAACAGCAGCUGCCAUCAAAGAUUUGUCUGCAUCAAACGCUGACACGCUGCAACUUGCUUACAAUCCCACCUAUGAGAUUUGGUUUUUCCUGCCCAAAGGACGACCCAAGCCAGAGCAGCUGACAGAUUCAGUGCAGCGCGCUUACUACGAGCACAGACCUGGUGGUGUUUGCUUUAAGCCUGAUAACAAUAAUUGGUUCUAUUGCAGCAGUGGCAUUGCCAUAGAGUGAUUUUGAGACUAAUUGCACUCAUAUUUUGUUUGCGUCUUUGUGGUUUCAAUUACUUAAGCUCAUGUGCAUUUCAAUUACUACAAGUUGAAAAUAAAUUGGCAAAAGUGUUGCUGCGGUUGUGUUAUCUUA